CGCCCCGCCUCCUCCUGCCUCCGUCCUCCGUUCCCCGCCCCCUCCUGGUUUCGCGUCUCCAAGCCCGUCGCGCCCGCUAUAAUCACGUGAUUGCCUCAUCCGGGUCCUUUGCGUUCUCUCUCCCUCUCCCAACAUGGCGGCCUCAGCAAAAAAGAAGAAUAAGAAGGGGAAGACCAUCUCCCUAACAGACUUUCUAGCUGAGGAUGGGGGUACUGGUGGAGGAAGCACCUAUGUCCCCAAACCAGUCAGCUGGGCUGAUGAAACAGACGAUCUGGAAGGAGAUGUGUCAACAACUUGGCAUAGUAAUGACGAUGAUGUGUAUAGAGCACCUCCAAUUGACCGUUCCAUCCUUCCCACUGCUCCACGGGCUGCUCGGGAACCCAAUAUUGACCGGAGCCGUCUUCCCAAAUCACCACCCUACACUGCUUUCCUGGGGAACCUGCCUUAUGAUGUGACAGAAGACUCCAUUAAGGAAUUCUUUAGAGGAUUAAAUAUCAGCGCUGUACGCUUACCACGUGAACCCAGCAAUCCUGACAGGUUGAAAGGCUUUGGCUAUGCAGAAUUUGAAGACCUGGAUUCUCUGCUCAGUGCUCUGAGUCUCAAUGAAGAGUCUCUAGGUAAUAGGCGAAUUCGAGUGGACGUUGCUGAUCAAGCACAAGAUAAAGACCGGGAUGAUCGUUCUUUUGGUCGGGAUAGAAAUCGGGAUUCUGACAAAACAGACACAGACUGGAGGGCCCGUCCUGCCACAGACAGCUUUGAUGACUACCCACCUAGAAGAGGUGAUGAUAGCUUUGGAGACAAGUAUCGAGAUCGUUAUGAUUCAGACCGGUAUCGGGAUGGAUAUCGGGAUGGAUAUCGGGAUGGCCCACGAAGAGAUAUGGAUCGCUAUGGGGGCCGGGAUCGCUAUGAUGACCGAGGCAGCAGAGACUAUGACCGAGGCUAUGACUCCAGGAUAGGCAGUGGCAGAAGAGCAUUUGGUAGUGGGUACCGAAGGGAUGAUGACUACAGAGGAGGUGGGGACCGCUAUGAAGACCGAUAUGACAGAAGGGACGAUCGGUCCUGGAGUUCCAGGGAUGAUUACUCUCGGGAUGAUUAUAGGCGUGAUGACAGAGGUCCCCCCCAAAGACCCAAACUGAAUCUAAAGCCUCGGAGUACUCCUAAGGAAGAUGAUUCCUCUGCUAGCACCUCCCAGUCCAGUCGAGCGGCUUCUAUCUUUGGAGGGGCAAAGCCUGUUGACACAGCUGCUAGAGAAAGAGAAGUAGAAGAGCGGCUACAGAAGGAGCAAGAGAAAUUGCAAAGGCAGCUGGAUGAGCCAAAACUAGACCGCCGGCCACGUGAGAGACACCCAAGUUGGCGAAGUGAAGAAACUCAGGAAAGAGAACGGUCGAGGACAGGAAGUGAGUCAUCUCAGACUGGGACCUCAGCCACAUCUGGCAGAAGUAAGUCAGACCAGGAUACACGAAGGAGAGAGAGUGAGAAGUCUCUAGAAAAUGAAACCCUCAAUAAAGAAGAAGACUGUCACUCUCCAACCUCCAAACCUUCUAAACCUGAUCAGCCUCUAAAGGUAAUGCCAGCCCCUCCGCCAAAGGAGAAUGCGUGGGUGAAGCGAAGCUCUAACCCUCCUGCUCGAUCUCAGAGCUCAGACACAGAGCAGCAGUCCCCUACAAGUGGUGGAGGGAAAGUAGCUCCAGCUCAGCCCUCUGAGGACGGACCAUCAAGAAAAGAUGAAAAUAAAAUAGAUGGGGUAAAUGUCCCAAAAGGCCAAACUGGGUUCCCAAGUCGUGGCCCUGGAGAUGGAGCAAACAAAGACCACUGGAAGGGGUUGGACAGGAAAGAUGGCAAAAAAGAUCAAGACUCCAGAUCUGCACCUGAGCCAAAGAAAUCUGAGGAGAACCCAGCCUCUAAGUUCAGUUCUGCAAGCAAGUAUGCUGCUCUCUCUGUGGAUGGUGAAGACGAGAAUGAGGGAGAUGACCACGCUGAGUAGACCUCCACAUGCUGUGCUUUCUUCUAGUCUCCACCCCGGAAGAUUCAAGAGCAAAUCAAACCUCUAUCCAGACAAGAAAAAAUAAAGCUCACCAUCUCCUGAAGACCUUUCUUAACUUUUUUUUUUUUUUUUAAUGAAAUGAAAUUGUUUUGCAUGCUGCUGCAGCCUUUUAAAGUAUUGAAGUAACUGGAGAAUCACCAUUGUAGCCAGAGAGAUGUGGCUAUCACUUUUGAAUGGGGAAGUUGUGAUGUGUUCUGAUGAUAGAAGUGGUUACCUUUGUGACUAGUGCCUGGGGCUCCAUUCAGCAGAAAUGUAGUGACAGUGAGACUCGGUUGCAUCAGUUAGGCAGUAGAGAAAGGUACAAGGAAGAGUGAGAGUUCUACCUUUUAAUUGUUGUCCUGUGGUGGCACCUACAAAUUCCCAAACAUCAUCUGAGUACAUUUCCCACCGUUGGCCAGGUAGAUCUAGUCUCUCAAGUUAUUUUAGUCUCCAGGAGGCUGCCAGCCCUUCUACUUCAAUUCAGACUUAGCUGGGGCCAGCCUAGGGGAGUUGUGUUUUGGGUUUUUUUUUUUUGUUUUGUUUUGUUUUUUAAUUUUAAUUUUUUACCCCCCAAGGGGGUAGUUGGGAGUGAGUCUACAGGCCACUAACAAGUAGUACCUCUGGGGACCAAAAUGAAUGGGAAACUCAAUCGUGGUUUGAAAAGUUUUGAGGGAAUGAUCAGUUAUUUUAUACCAGGUAGUAAGGGAAAUGCUGUGACCUCCAAUAGACACAUGAAUAGAACAAUCAUUUCCUGGAUGAGGAAGCACUUAGCGGUCGUGGGAAAUUCCAGUCUUCUAAAAUCUGUCCUUUCUAAAGGUUCGAAUAUAUCCACAUUCUUUCCAAACUUUGUCACUGGUCAUCUCAUGUUCUUGAUGACACUGUCAGCCUUCCAAAAGCAGUCUCUCUAAGUCACACACCUGCUCUCACAGACCUUUUUUUUUCUCUCUCUCUCUUUUUUCUUUUUUUCCUUUUCCUUUUUUUUUUUUUUUUUUUUUUUCCUUUUCUUUUCUUUUUCUUUUUUAUCUUGGCCACCAGAAGCUGUGGCCUUGUGGAAUCACUGCUUUUGUCAAGCAAACCAGCUCUGUGGUAUCUUUAAUUCCUGCUCCUGCUGCCUUCACCCCCUUUGGAGGUCAGAGUAUUUCAAUUGAUGGGCUUGGGUGGUGAAUGGAGAGAGUUGAGUUAAAGGUCUUCAGCCUUGAUUGGGGUGUUUAAGAUUUCUAUUUGUUUCCUUCAUGGGAACCCUAUGCUGGUGCUUGGGUUUGUAAUGUGACCUAGACUGUGCUUUUCUGCUUAGGGGGGGUGGUUUCUUGAUUUCCUUCAAGAAUAAAGGAUGAUGUAGAGAACUAUUGAAUAAGGUCUGGCUUCUCUUGAGUACAGUAGCUUGACCUGUCUGCUUUGAUCUGCACCUUGACAGCAAGCUUCCCUGUUGUGGGACAUCGGGGUACCUGCAGGCAAGUGAGACCUGGUCUUAAUGUGCAAACCCUAGACCUGCUCUGCAGGAGCGUUGGUUUCAUGGGCUGCAGCAGUGGGCAUAGCAAGUCGCUCAUCCAGUGGACUUGAUUGGCUAGUAGCUAGGAAGCGGGCCUUUAGAGAGACCCACCAUUGAAUGGGGUUUUUUUUUAAACCUUUGGUUGUAGACAAUGAAAAGGUAGAUAGCCCUCUUCAUGUCUAUUUCCCUUCCAGAUAGUUGCAUCCAGAAGAAAGCUGUUCUGUCCCAUGCUCUCCUACUUUGCUCCUCUGUUAAAAUAAAAACAGGGGUUGACUUAUGUCCCGCUCCUGAAUACAUGUAAAAUUUGUACAAAACUAUCUUCUAUGAAAAUGAUUUGUAAUCUGUAGACAUUACUUGGGAGAUGUCUUGAGAUGUAAAAUCCCAUCCUUUGGGUUGAGGGUUUUUUGUUUUUCUCCAAAUAAACCCAGUCUUUAAAGUUGAA